AGCGAAUCAUAUAUAUUAACAUAUAACAUAUCUUCAUUUAAUUACUGUAAUUUUCUUGAUUUGAGUUUUAUACAGAGAUUUGAUCAGCAAUGACAGCAUGCUUUAUGAUUAUUAGCAAGAGUGACAUUCCUAUCUACGAAGCUGAAGUCGGUGCUGCCCCUAAAAGGGAGGAUGUUGCGCAACAGCACCAGUUCAUCUUGCAUGCAGCACUGGAUAUUGUCGAGGACGUCGCAUGGACUACGAGUACUAUGUUCUUGAAAGGAAUUGACAGAUUUAAUGACUUGGUGGUUUCAGUAUACGUGACGGCGGGGAAUACGCGACUGAUGCUGCUUCAUGACCCACGGAAUGAUGAUGGAAUUAGAAGCUUUUUUCAAGAGGUUCAUGAACUCUAUAUAAAGAUCCUUCUCAAUCCACUGUAUCUACCUGGAUCACGCAUUACCUCCAGCCAUUUCAAUACAAAGGUUCGAGCUCUUGCAAGAAAAUAUCUCUGAUCUGAGAGUGUCAUCUGCCAGAGAAAGAGCUUUACCCUAAGUAGAGGCUGCGUAGUGCUUCAGUAUUCUCUUCUGACAUGAAAUAAAUAUCUCCAUUUCUGGCUCAUUAUGUGAUAUUGUGAAGUGUUGGCCUCUCGUAUAAUCUAGUUAGAAUAGUUUGCUUUUUGAUGCAAAAUAAUAUUUGCUUUCGCUGAAUAGUAAACAAUGAAGCUGGUAUUAAAAGAGCAGUAUAUAUUGGUAGGCAUGCAUAUUCUCCAUAUUGUCAUGGUUAAAUUUUAUUGAAAUAAUAUUUAUUUUUCAGUUCAA